CACCGACCAUGAGGAACACUACGGCUAGCUGACCACCGAAUGAUCGGUUAUCGUUUUGGUUCGGUUAGCCGCAUACCCAAAAACACUCCCUUCUCUAAAAAAAAUUAAAAAAAAAAAAACAAACGAAAAUUCCCUACCACUAAAUCCUUAUCUUCCUCCUCCUUCUCUCUCCUUCCUUCCUCUCCAAAAAGACCCACCAGAGAACACAUACCACUUCUUCCUUCUCUCCUUCCUCCAUUUCAAACCCACAACAGACAACACCCAACCACUCCUUCCCCUUCCUUCAUUUUAGAUAUAGACACCACCAUGGUGGUCGGUCGCGGAGGAGAAGCACCAGGCCACCACUCAUUCCUUCUCCCUCCUUCCUUCUUCCAUUUCAGUCUGGACACCACAUGGAGCAGAGGCGCGAUGGCGGCGAGUGGAGGCAGAGGUCGAGCCGGCGCGGUUGGCGAUUUGAGGAGGAGGGUUGGGGUCAGCGCACGCGAACGGCGGAGCGGAGGGCUGGAGUCGUCGUCGCGGUCGUCGUCGGGGUCGGAGGGUGGAGAUGCAAAGAUCGAUGGGGGGCGAUGCGUAGGCGGAGGCAGAGGCGAUUAACGAUUAACGUUCACACCUCUCCUUCUCCUUCUUCUUCAAUUUUCUGUUGUAGCACCCUACUUUUUAUUGUUUUUGCGAUUAACGUUAACUCGUAAUUUUAUUUUGUAUUACUUUUUAUUGUGAUUUGUUAUUUUUAUGAUUUUAAAUAAAUUACAAUUUCAUUGCAGAUGGCAUUCCAAAAGUUCACGCUUGGGUUACGUUGGAAUGGUUACACAGAAGAGACCGGAAAUGGGGUCACCUACGUCAGUGGCAAUUUUCAGAAAAUAAAGGUCGCUACCAUACCGAUGCUUGAAGAGCUCCAUCAAAUGUGUACUAACGUUACUUGCAUGGAUGACACGAGAAGAGUUGAUAGUAUGGUAUACCGAUAUCCAAACAGUGAAGGCGGGUCGUUGUGGCAUGAGGAAUAUCUCAUAACCACUCAGGAUGAAGAAGAUGUCAUGCUCGAAUUCUUAUAAUCUUUCCAAAGCGGAGAUGUUCGUUUACACCGAGGCGGUCGAAGGCGUUGGAGGUCAUUCUGAAGACGGGCAAACAUCUGGUAUCCAUGGUGGAGGUGAAUUAUAUGGAGAUCAUCCCUACUAAAGUUACCAUGAUCCUCAUUCCUACUUUCAGUACCAAGAGCAAGGUGAAGGUCAUCAUCAAUCUUUCCCAUCAUAUGAAGAAGAAGUCGAACGGGACCAUGCCAACCAACCCAAGUACAACUUCCAUUCAGGCAGCGACAGUUUUCACAACUACCAUUACGGAGCUGAUAAAGGUGCCUUUCAUGAUCUGGAUCAGAUGGAAGAUGUCCUGCCAACACCAGUUAGUGACCCCUCCGAUGAAGAAGAAGAGAGCAAUGUUAGUGCAGACAGCUCCGACCCUCUUGAAGGUGCUGAUGAUUCAGUAGGCCCAGAGUCAGACUCAGAUGAUGAUGAGGUGUCUCAUGACUGUGUACCUAUACCGUACUACACUCGUAUUCCAGACGACAAUUGGUGUGUCGACAGCGACAUGGGGCCGCCAGAGGUCCCAGUAUGGGGUCCACUCACUGGGUUUAUGAAGGGCCAACAAUUUGGUUCAAAGAAGGAGGUGCGGCACGCCAUUGAAACUGAAGCAAUGACUCGGCAUUUUGAAUGACACACAACUUAUUCCAACACGAAGAGGCUCAUAGUCAGAUGUCGUAAUCAACAAGAGGGAUGCAAUGCUAGGAUUCGGGCCAUCAACAGCAAGAGACACGGCUAUUGGGUCAUAUCCCGUGCGGUAAACACACAAACAUGUGUGUCAUCUAUAACAUCCCAAAGCCAUCGACAGUUGAAAUUCAGGGUGGUGGCCGCGACUAUCAAGCAUCUAAUUGAGCAAGAUCCUGACCUGAAAGUGAAAGUCAUAAUCGCUGACAUUACAAGUCGUUAUGGUUAUAUUAUUAACUAUAAGAAGGCGUGGCAUGGAAAGCAGAAAGCUCUGACAGUCGUCUUUGGUGAUUGGGAAGAAUCAUAUGCAUUCCUUCCCAGGUUGAUUUUGGAAUUGCAGGCGUCUAACCCUGGCACUGUUUUCUCCCCUCGAUACCAAGAUGAAGAGAUACAGCCGCUUGAAAUUCAUCAUAAUAAAUUCCCUCUUCUUGGAACCACUCAUUCAUUUUUUUGCGAAAGUCGAACAGAGAUUCGGCGGGUUUUGAAGAAAAAGACAAAGAAAUGUUUUCUAAUGGCAGAUCGGACUUAGCCACAACCAACAGACCACUAUUUCCUAGACUUUUGGGAGGGGGAUGUAUAGAGAGAUAAUUUUAGAGAGAGAGAGAGAAGAAUGAGUUGUGGUGUGAAAAAAUGAGGAGGGGGAGGGGGUAUUUAUAGUUUUCAAACUGCACCCUCCAGGGGCGGUUUCGUAAUUUUUCCCUUUCCAAAACCGCACCUGGAGGGAGUGGUUCACGGCGUCCGAGGUGCAAACCAUUCGCAAGGCGCGCAAUUUUCGAUCACUGACGCGUAUCGCUGCGCUGGCGUGCGGUUUGCCGUUUGAUCGCCGUCUAAUACAACGGUGCUAGGGACUGCCGCCUCGGGAACAUGGACCGCACGCUGACAAUGCGAUUUUGGGGCUGCCCUAGCGGGGACUGCUCCCUCGUUGUGCGGUUUGCACAUAAAAUGCACCUUGAAGGUGCGGUUUUGAAAGAAAAGUGCUAUUUUUGA